AUGAAAGGUUUACUUUAUUACGGUACAAACGAUAUUCGCUACUCCGAGACGGUCCCUGAACCGGAGAUCAAGAACCCAAUCGAUGUCAAGAUCAAGGUCAGCUACUGUGGAAUCUGUGGCACCGACUUGAAGGAAUUUACAUAUUCUGGAGGGCCUGUUUUCUUCCCUAAGGCAGGCACCAAGGACGCGAUCUCGGGAUUAGCGCUGCCUCUCUGUCCUGGACAUGAAUUUAGCGGCACAGUGAUCGAGGUGGGCUCGGGCGUCACCAGCGUGAAACCCGGUGACAGAGUCGCCGUUGAAGCUACGUCGCAUUGUUCCGACAGAUCGCGCUACAAGGACACAGUGGCCCAGGACCUUGGGCUCUGUAUGGCCUGCCAGAGCGGAGCUCCGAACUGCUGCUCGUCGCUAAGCUUCUGCGGUUUGGGCGGUGGCAGCGGCGGUUUUGCUGAGUACGUCGUUUACGGCGAGGACCACAUGGUCAAGCUGCCAGACUCGAUUCCCGAUGAUAUCGGAGCACUGGUUGAGCCUAUUUCCGUUGCCUGGCAUGCUGUUGAACGCGCUAGAUUCCAGCCUGGCCAGACGGCCUUGGUUCUUGGAGGAGGUCCUAUCGGCCUUGCCACCAUUCUUGCUCUGCAAGGACACCAAGCUGGAAAGAUCGUUUGUUCCGAGCCGGCCCUCAUUAGAAGGCAGUUUGCACAGGAUCUAGGUGCCGAGGUCUUUGAUCCUUCCACUUGCGACGACGCAAAUGCCGUUCUUAAGGCUAUGGUGCCAGAAAACGAAGGAUUUCAUGCAGCCUUCGACUGCUCCGGGAUUCCUCAGACAUUCACCACCUCAAUUGUUGCCACCGGUCCUGCUGGAAUUGCCGUCAACGUGGCCAUCUGGGGCGACCACCCAAUCGGAUUCAUGCCAAUGUCUCUGACUUAUCAGGAGAAAUACGCUACGGGCUCCAUGUGCUACACCGUCAAGGACUUCGAGGAAGUUGUCAAGGCCUUGGAAGACGGUCUCAUAUCUAUGGACAAAGCACGUCAGAUGAUCACAGGCAAGGUUAAUCUAAGGGAUGGAGUGGAGAAGGGCUUCAGACAGCUGAUCGAGCACAAGGAUACUAAUGUCAAGAUCCUGGUCACGCCGAGCGAGGUGUCCUGA